UCGAUAGGAGGGCCAAAAUUAGGAUUGACAGUAGGAGUAGGAUUCAGGGGGAAAGUAGAGGGGCACACUGCAGAUCGAAGAAAGCACAGCCGCCGCCGAUGAGCGCGACGGAGAAGAGCACGGAGGGGGAGGGGGAGGGGGAGGAGGGGUCCCAGCGCGUGGAGGCGUUCCUCGACAUCCUCGGUCGCGUCCCGAUGGGGGAGGUGGAGGGGGCGCUGACCUCCUGCGGCGUUGGCCCGACGGCGGAGGCCGCGGAGCAGGUGCUCAAGUCCACCACCUGCUACGAGCGCCCCAAAUCGGCCGUCCGCUUCUUCCGCUGGGCGAAGGCGUCCGUGCAGCUCACCCCCUUGGCCUGGAACCUCCUCGUCGACAUCCUCGGUAAGGCCGCCAUGUUCGAUCCCAUGUGGGACGCCGUCCUCUCCAUGAGCCAGGAGGGCGGCCUCCUCUCCGUCGCCACAUUCGCCUCCAUGUUCGCCUCCUACUGCGCGCGCGGCAACUUCAAGGAAGCCGCCAUGGCCUUCGACGUCAUGGAGCGCCACGGCGUGACGCCGGACGCCGUUGCCCUCAACUCCCUCCUCGCCGCCAUGUGCCGCCGGGAUGGCGGCGGGCAGGCCGCGUGGGAGCUUUUCGAACGCUACAAGACCACGGUCGCGCCCGACGCGGACACCUUCGCGAUACUGCUCGAGGCGUGGGAGAAGGAGGGGAACGUCCAGCGCGCCAAGAGCACCUUCGGCGAGAUGGUCGUUCGCGUCGGGUGGGACGCCAGCAACAUGCCUGCCUACGAUGCUUUCCUCUCCACGCUUGUGCGAGGGGACCAGUUCAACGAGGCAUUGAAGUUCCUCCAGGUGAUGCGGACCAAGGGCUGCCUCCCGGGGCUCAAGUUCUUUGCCAACGCGAUCGCCCUUGUCGUCCGCAAGGGAGACCAUGCCAAUGCUAUUGCUAUCUGGCAAAUUAUGGUCUCGGAUGCCGGACUGGUUCCCAAUCUCCCAAUGUACAACGCCGUAAUUGGCCUCUGCUCUAGUGUCGGUAACACCGACUACGCCUUCCAGAUGCUCGAUGAAAUGCCCUUAAAUGGGGUCUUUGCAGAUUCUGAUACAUAUAAUUCCAUACUUGAGGGGCUCAUCAAGCAGCGCAAGGCUCGUGAGACUGAAGGUUUCCUCGCGGAGAUGAGCAAGAACGAGCAGCUGCCCUCGGCCUCCAACUGUGCUGCUGCUAUCAGCUUAUUUUCUCAGGAGUUUAACCCAUCUGCCGCAGUUGACGUGUGGCACUGCAUCGUGGAGCACCAAAUUACUCCGGCUGAGGAAUCAGCCAAAGAGCUAAUAGCUGGGCUUCUCGACUUUAGCAGGUUCGCCGAGGUGAAGAAAUAUACCGAUCAGAUGCUUGACAUGGGAAUUGAGUUGCCCCAGCCCACCAUUGAAAAAAUGAAGCGAGCAUUUUACAAGGCUGAGAGGCAUCACACAUAUGACCAAAUUGCACGAAGGUUGAAGCGGCGGUAACAACACAUUGAUGGUAUAAUUCAUUAGAAACGAGCCAGACAGAGAAGCUGCAGGAUGGGGUUUCAAAGUGGAACGUGGAUGGAAGUAGAUGUUGUUUUGCACCAGGUGGUUGUAUGGUAGAUGUUUCCUGGAAGUAUAGCAUUGUACUGUUGUACUGGGCAUGGAAGAGCAGUUUCUGAGAUAGCUGUAAUGCUGUACUUCGCAUUAACUGGAGUAGUCUGUUGCCUUUUCCUCUGCAGUGUUUGUUUGACUGUUGAUGGACAGGAAUAGGGAGAUUUCGUUUCUUGCUCAAAUAUAAAAGCUUCUGAAAAACCGAGGUAGAUUCAGGAG